AUCUGGCCAGGAAGUGCCUCAGGUGAAGGACCUGCUCAUUAGCUGAUGAGCUGCAUGAGGCGUGUCUUCAGAAGUCUAUUCUAACAGUAUAAAGGGAUGGUCAACUAUGAUCCUAGAGGUAUGAUGUAUUUCCUGUUUCUUUCCAGUUGCAGCAGAGGUGUUGAGCAAGAAAUCAGUGCAAGCUUUUGCUCCAGAACGUCUGCUAAGUUCCUCUGGUGUACAUGGCCCAUUUGCUAUAGUCGAUUGUCCGCAUCUCCGCUGGGCGGUGAGCUCCUUCUGAGUUGUUUACUUCCAGAAGAGUUUUGCGGUCGCGUGUUUGCGCUCGCGGAAGGCGCGUGUGAGUUGUGACGUGGGGACGUUUGAUGUGGCUCCGCCUACACCGGUGUUUGUGGAGCGGGUUACUCAGAGUGAAUCACGUCCAGUAUGUGGAGCUCUGUGGACACGGGGACAUUCUAACACCGCUUUUGUUUCCAAAACGCGUCCGUGAUACAGUUUGUUCUGAAGAUAGAUAGCAGAUCUGCGAAGCGUGCAGCUCUACAGGCGUUGAUUUCACUGCAGCCUUCCACCCCGGUGAAUGAGAAGACCCGAGAGCGGAAAAGUCAGAGAAACUGGCAAACGAGGGGAGGUGAGUUGAGCAUGGCUGAAGCUGAUGAGGAGAGCAGCAGUCAGCAACGGAAGAAGCCACCAUGGCAUUAUUUGGAUGUCCCCAGCACACAGGGCUCCACGGAGGAGCCGAUCAACUUUAUACAGCCAUGGGCACGUAACAGUCUGUACCUUCGGAGUGCCAGCGUGCCCACAGAGAAUAUUCAGCUCAGAUACCCAAUAGUGGACCCCUACUCUCGGAGACCCUCGGUGCUGCGCAAACCCUCCCUUUCACAGACUAUCAAGAGCCCUACAGAGAAGAGGGUACACUUUGAGCAGAUGAGCACAGUGUUGGUUAAUGGCCAAUGCUUCUCUCGGCUGGAGGCCCCCAGGCGCCAGUCGCUACCCCAUAUUGUCCUCAGGGGUACAGCAGAUUGGUUUGGGGUCAGUAAGGACAUCGACACCACUCUGAAAUGGCAGAGGAAAAGCCUGCGCCACUGCAACCAGCGCUACGGCAAGCUGAAGCCACAGGUGCUCCGCGAGAUGGACCUGCCCAGUCAGGACAACAUUUCCAUUACAAGCACAGAGACUCCGCCACCUCUAUAUGUCCCUCCACAUGCACAUCAUGGCAUGCAGAAGAUUGUGGAUCCAUUGGCUCGAGGCCGAGCCUUUCGUAACAUUGACGAUGUGGAUGGUUUCAUUGGGACACAAACUCCUGGAGCUGUCUCCCUGUGCUCUCUUACCAGCUCCCGUUCUGGCUUCAACCGGUUGCCACGUAAACGCAAGAGAGAGUCUGUGGCCAAAAUGGGCUUCAGAGCAGCUGCAGCUCUAAUGAAGGGUCGUUCCGCCAAGGAUGGCGCAGCACGUCGAGUAAAGAGACGCAGUUUUGCUGUAAACAGCUUUAUGGAAGAUGACACAGGGGAAUUCCUAGAUGAAUUGGAUACCUCCUUUUUUACAAGGGAUGGACUGGUACAUGAGGAACUAUCUACAUAUGCAGACGAUGUGUUUGAGUCUCCCUCAGAGGCCUCCAUUCGUGAGAAUGAUGCAAACAAAGUGCCCUGUGAGACAGAUUUAACAGGCAGUGCCUUGGGGAAGCCUGAGUUAGAAAGGAGUCACCUAAUGCUGCCACUUGAGAGGGGCUGGAGGAAAGGGAGAGAUGGCUCUCUUGUCCAACCUAAAGUGCGCUUACGGCAGGAAGUUGUGAGUGUCAGUGGACAGAGACGGGGUCAGCGCAUCACCGUACCUGUCACAAAGCUCUUUGCCCGUGAGAAGCGCCCUUAUGGCCUGGGUAUAGUGGGACGGCUGACCAACCGUACAUACCGUAAGCGCAUUGACAGCUAUGUGAAGAGACAGAUAGAAGAUAUGAACAACCACAGGCCUUUCUUCACAUAUUGGAUAACAUUUGUCCACUUGCUCAUCACUAUCCUGUCAGUCUCCAUUUAUGGCAUUGCACCUAUUGGCUUCUCCCAACACGAAACUGUUGAUUCUGUUUUAAGAACUAAAGGCAUUUAUGAGAACGUCAAGUACGUGCAGCAAGAGAACUUCUGGGUUGGACCAACCUCAGUGGCGCUGAUACAUUUGGGAGCAAAGUUCUCACCAUGCAUGCGCCAGGACCAGCAGGUGCACGACCUGAUCCAGGAGAAAAGGGAGAAGGAGCGCAACUCAGCCUGCUGCGUCCGAAAUGACCAAUCAGGCUGCGUACAGACUUCUCAGAAAGAGUGUUCAAGUACAUUAGCUCUUUGGGUAAAGUGGCCUCAGCACCCAAGUGUUCCAUAUCUAGAUGGCAAAUUACGCGAGUAUGGCUCUGUGUGCCACCAAGACCCAAGGACUUGUCUGGAGCCAGCCUCUGUCUCACCCCAUGAGUGGCCUGAUGACAUCACCAAGUGGCCAAUCUGCACCAGGUACAGCAGUGGAAACCACACAAACCUGCCACACAUAGACUGUGUCAUCACAGGUCGGCCAUGCUGCAUUGGAACCAAAGGAAGGUGCGAAAUCACAUCCAGAGAGUACUGUGACUUUAUGAAGGGUUAUUUUCAUGAAGAGGCCACACUUUGUUCCCAGGUGCACUGCAUGGAUGAUGUGUGUGGCCUGCUGCCUUUUCUUAACCCAGAGGUCCCAGAUCAGUUCUAUCGUCUGUGGCUGUCUCUCUUCCUGCAUGCUGGGAUUCUACACUGCUUGGUGUCUGUGUGCUUCCAAAUGAUCAUCCUGAGGGAUUUGGAAAAGCUAGCAGGGUGGCUUCGAAUAUCCAUCAUCUACAUCCUCAGUGGCAUUACAGGCAAUCUGGCCAGUGCCAUAUUUCUUCCUUACAGAGCCGAGGUUGGCCCAGCUGGCUCUCAGUUCGGCAUCCUCGCCUGUCUGUUCGUUGAGCUGUUCCAGAGCUGGCAGAUCUUGGCACGGCCAUGGCGAGCCUUCAUCAAGCUGCUGUGUGUGGUUCUCUUCCUUUUCGCCGUUGGUUUGCUGCCUUGGAUUGAUAACUUCGCCCACAUUUGUGGCUUCAUCUCAGGCUUCUUCCUCUCCUUUGCAUUCCUGCCUUAUAUCAGCUUCGGCCGAAUGGACAUGUGUCGCAAGCGCUGCCAGAUAUUGGUCUCGCUCGCACUCUUUCUGGGAAUCUUCUCCAGCUUUGUGGUGCUUUUCUAUGUGUAUCCUGUCAAGUGUGAAUGGUGCGAGUUGCUUACCUGCAUCCCAAUGACAGAUAAAUUUUGUGAGAAAUAUGACCUCAACGCUCACCUCCACUGAGGGUUUAUAGAGAGGUGUGAUAAUCCAGAAGGACUAAUAUGGAGAGUUGUGAAAAGUUCUAACAGACAUUGUUUGCUCUGUAAGAGUCUGUAUUAAUCUGUACUUUUUACAUUACUUUUUACUCAAUGAAGGGUAUUCAUUUUAUAGGCUCAGAGAAGAAUUCCUCCCUGGGGAGGAGAGGUGAUCUAAAUGCCUCUAGUGCCUUGUUGACAGAAACCAACUGCUGCCAUAUUUGUGUUCUAUUAACUUCGACCACUUGAACCUAUAAUAUGUACACUGCUACUUAAGUAGUGCAUGUUUGGUAGUGUUUUAGCUACCUGCUCCCUUGUAAUACACAGUACAUUAAGAGUAAA